AGAACUUUAUUUCCCAUCAGUCUUUGCGAGCGUGCGUCGUUGUGCGUCAACACCCUAGUCCCCCAACCAUCAUCGUUCUACUGAGGAAGAAAGGGGGAGACGGGCAGCCUACAUAGAAAGCCUUCACACAAAUAUGAGCGGCAGCGGGCGGGCCAGGACCAGCUCAUUCGCUGAACCUCCCGGAGCUCCCGGAUCUGCUGCAGCCGGCGCCGGAUCAGCAGUGGCCGGUGGAAGCUCGACAGGAAAAGCUGGGGCUGCACAAGCCACUGGAAGCAGCUCGAUGAGCUUUGGGAACUUGAAACUGCCAAGGGACAGUGGCAAAGUGACGACGGUGGUAGCUACCCCUGGCCAGGGUCCCGAUCGUCCACAGGAAGUGUCCUACACCGACAUCAAGGUUAUAGGAAAUGGCUCCUUUGGAGUGGUGUACCAGGCCCGCCUCAUUGACAGUCAGGAGAUGGUGGCCAUUAAGAAAGUUCUCCAGGACAAGAGGUUUAAGAAUAGGGAGCUGCAGAUAAUGAGGAAGUUGGACCACUGCAAUAUCGUCAGGCUGCGUUACUUCUUCUACUCCAGUGGAGAGAAGAAAGAUGAAGUGUAUUUGAACCUGGUGCUGGACUUUGUUCCUGAAACAGUGUACAGGGUCGCUCGGCAUUUUAACAAGGCCAAGACCACCAUCCCCAUCAUCUACGUCAAGGUGUACAUGUACCAGUUGUUCCGUAGUCUGGCUUAUAUCCAUUCCCAGGGUGUGUGUCACAGAGACAUCAAGCCCCAGAACCUCCUGGUGGACCCAGAGACCGCCAUCCUCAAACUCUGUGACUUUGGCAGUGCUAAACAGCUGGUUCGUGGAGAGCCCAACGUGUCCUACAUCUGCUCACGGUACUACCGUGCCCCAGAGCUCAUCUUUGGUGCCACUGACUACACGUCCAACAUUGACAUCUGGUCAGCGGGCUGUGUGCUGGCUGAGCUGCUUCUGGGCCAGCCCAUCUUCCCAGGAGACAGUGGUGUGGACCAGCUAGUAGAGAUUAUCAAGGUUCUGGGGACACCAACGAGGGAGCAGAUACGAGAGAUGAACCCCAACUACACAGAGUUUAAGUUCCCACAGAUUAAAGCACACCCUUGGACAAAGGUGUUUAAGCCUCGGACCCCCCCUGAGGCCAUUGCCCUCUGCUCUCGUCUGCUGGAAUACACGCCCGUGACCAGACUCUCUCCGCUGGAGGCGUGUGCGCACGCCUUCUUCGAUGAGCUGCGUCAGCCCAACACCCGCCUGCCUAGUGGGAGAGAACUGCCGCUGCUCUUCAACUUCAGUCCCGUCGAGCUGACCAUCCAGCCCCAGUUGAACUCUACACUCAUUCCUCCUCACGCUCGUGCACAGACAUCGCCUGCUUCACAUGAGGGCAGUGUGUCAGACAGUACCGUCCAGCCCAGCUCAGCACCUGGAUCCAUCAACAACAGCACCUGAGCGUCCAUCCAUCCUUCAUCCAUCCUUUCUGUCCUCCCAGCUUCCUUUCCUCCCCCCUUGCUCUCUUUCCUCCCCCCCCCCCGAGCUCCAAACACUGAAAAGAAACGAAAAGAAAAAAAAAACCUCUGCCCACGUCGUCAACCCUCAGCGUUUCCAUUUUCCUCAGUGUAAAAUGAGGGGGUAGGGGGGGAAGUUUGGUCAUUUAGACAGAAGACAAUUAAAAUUGGAUGAGUUGGAUGUCGGGGGGGUUAAUGGGUGGGGGGGUUAAUGGGUGGGGGGGUGUACAUGUGUGGAUUUACUGUAUUAUAUUGGCGUCGGACUUUUAUCUCCAUGUGGUUUUUAUUUGUAUUAGCUGAUUUUAUGUGUGGCCAUUGACUGGGGUCAGAGGUGAGAGUGAGGUCAAAGGUCAGGCCUUAUGAAUAUGGACAAUCAUCCUAGUAGGGUCAAAGGUGACACGUUUGUACAGUGUUUGAUCACGUGUCCUCACUCUGUGUCACGUUCUACCUGACACCCCCUCAUCCCCCCCCCCCCCCCCCCACACACACACACAGGUUGUGGGUUCACUCGUUCCACUGGUGAACAGAUGUUUUAAUCUUCCACUUUGACAGCAGACACUUCCCAUUGGCUGAUUUUUAGAUAUGGUUUUAAAUUGUUCCUACAGCGGGGGCCUGUCUGUCUGAACCCCCCCUCGCCCUCAGCCCCCCACCCCCACCUUUUAUGUGAGUGUUAGGAAGCUUCACCUGAGCGUCUUCACUUCACCUUUUAUUGAAGCUCAUUUAGUCUUUUUGAUAAACUGGGAACCAAUCAUGUCCUGUUGUUUAAUCACUGGGGGGAGGGGGGGGGGCACAGGCCAGGCGAGUUAUGAGGCCUGACCACACACACACACACACACACACACGUGUGUGUGUGUUAUACCUGUUAAACGUACCUGUCAGACCGUGUUUCCCUCUGACGUUGACGUUCGUCCCUCGUCUGCCUCAGUAAUGUUCAUGUCCACCUCCACCUCCACCUCCACCACUAAUGUCAGUCAUGAUCUGAGCAGAGACCAUGCUUAAAGCCAACAGCCUUUGGAGCCCCCCCCACUCCCCGUUUGCCCUCUGCUUCCCCCUCCUCCUCCCUCCUUUUUUCAAAGCUAAACUGUAAAUAUCAAGUACCUUUUAUUUUGUUAUUAUUGUUAUUAUAUUGUUGUUCCUGUCAUUUUUUUUCCUCUAGUAGACCGGUGCAGCAGCAGCCGGACUGUUUAUCCUCAGUCACAGUCUGUAAAUACAAUUUCAUUUCAGUCCCUGGCCACAAGGGGAAAAAACCAGAACAAAAUGUUUCAUUUUGUUUCUCUCUCCCUCCAUGUCUGUUCUCCACACCGUUUCCUUCUCCCCGUUAUUGUUGUCGGUCUUUUAUUUAUUGUUAGAUGUUUUUUUUUGGGGGGUGGGAGGUAUAUUUGGGUGGCAACAAUGGGGGGAUUUUUUUUUAUUCCAGUUUUAGGUUGAGUGCAGGGUCACAUGCAGCACAUUUUUACAUCAGAGUUACUGUAGACGAUGGUGACGACAGUCGGACAUUUGAACCUACAGGUGGAACUUGACUUUUUCAUUUAACUUCAAUGUGAAUAGAAUGUUACAAACCUCGGGGGGAGGGGGGAGGGGGGGCUGUGGAGUUUGAGUGAGUGUGAGUGUGUGUGUGUGUGUGUGUGUGUGUGAUGAAGAGGAAUGUAAUGAAGUGAUUGACAGCUGUCAUCUCUCCUGUGAUGAGCUGGGGGGGGGGGGGGGGGUUGUUUGUCUGCUGGUAAACCAUGACAUUGUCCUCCGUGUUUCUUUAAAUGAAGAGCUGACUAAAUGUUCUACUUUUGUCCUAGUUUUAUUUUUCUCCAUUGUCCAAUCUGUUUCACUCAGUUUGUAAUUUGCUGUGACCCCGCUCUUUUAUUAUCCUCGUCUCUGGGGGGCAGGAGGGGGGGUAUUUUUGGGAACAGAGUUGUUGGAUAAAGUUGGUGAUGAACUGUGAGAGAUGGAGGGAGAGAGACCAUUUUUGUUUGUUGGUAAGAAUAAUUAAACUCAUUAAUAAAGUGAUGAAACUGUU